AUGGGCGCCAAGGGUUCGAAGACGUCGUCCUCGUCGUCUGCCGUGCUGGCUGCCACGACCACUGCUGGCGAGAAGCAAGACACGGCCAAGAGGUGGGAUGGCGCGGUAGGUAAUGUUAGUGACGCCGACCUCGGUGUCACUCCCGAUGUCUCGCUCUAUUCAGGUAUCAGCACGCCCGAGGAAAACGCGGCGAAGCGCAAGGCCUACGCGCACCUGAAGUCGCCAUACGCGAAGCGCCGACCAGGAGCGUCAGCAAAGGUGGAGAGAGGCGGCGUCGGUGACAGCAGUGCAGCGACGUCCUUCACCCCUCACAUGAACCUCAUUGAACAGAUCUACAACGAAGACUUCGAUACGAUCGACCACAUCCAGGCCCUGCGCCUGCCGCCGGUAGUAGCGAGGCAGCUGAAGAGCACUGUCCGGGACGAGGCUGAACGCCGCUGUGCCGAAGUGGAGAAGAGAAUGGCGCGCUGCCUGCAGGACAAGAUGUGGACCUCGUGGAAAUGCCAGAAGGAGCGUGACACGUACUACCGCUGCGUUGAGGACACUGAACAGCGCAAUCUGCGGCCCGACCCGGUGAAUCCGGACUGGGUUGACAUGCUCACAUCCUUCCGUUGGAAGUAUAACCUCGGCGUUUUCCAUGGCGAGAUUAUCGGCCGCAAUAACAUUAUGAGGGAGAUUUGGCGUGAGCACUACCCAGAUCGCGAGUUGCCGCAUCCGUGGGUGAAGGACACAUAA